CUGUCCUUUCUGCGCUUGCAUGGGACGAGAUGGCGACGAGGAAACUUCCUGAGACAUUUCGAAAGCUCGUGAUUUCCAAAUUCACGACGAAUUACAGAGAGGCUGUGGAGUUAAUGACUCUGCCUCUUAUGAAACCAGGACCAAAUGAAUUACUUGUCAAAAACAGAUACGUAGGAAUUAAUGCCACAGAUAUAAAUCACUCUGCCGGUCGAUAUCACCAGGGACAAUCUCCUCCGCUAGAGGCAGGGCUGGAGGGUAUCGGAGAAGUAGUGUCAACUGGUGAGAAGUGUACAAACUUUCACACAGGCCAGGCUGUUGCAUAUUUUGAAUAUGGAACAUUCUCAGAAUACAUGACAAUUCCUUCAAGCCAUGCUUACCCCAUACCCAAGAUGGAUCCUGCAUAUGUUUCAUUGCUGAUCAGUGGUCUGACUGCCAGUAUUGCUCUUCACAAGGUUGGUGAGAUGAAGGCUAACGAAACAGUUUUGAUCACAGCUGCAGCAGGAGGAACAGGUCAAUUUGCGGUGCAACUUGCUAAACUGGCUGGAUGCCAUGUUAUCGGCACGUGUUCAACAGAUGUUAAGGCAGAGUUUUUAAAGUCACUUGGCUGUGAUCGUCCUGUUAACUAUAAGACUGAAAAAUUAGAUGCGGUUUUGAAGAAGGAGUUUCCGAAAGGAGUUGAUGUGGUUUACGAGUCUAUUGGAGGAGAAAUGUUUGAUACAUGUGUGAACAGACUAGCAACUAAGGGUCGCUUGGUGACGAUUGGGUUUAUCACUGGUUACAAGUCCAAGUUAGGAUUCACGCCGUCCAAGAAUGCAACACUGGUUCCAAAGCUGUUGUCCAGAUCAGCUAGUGUCCAUGGAUUCUUGUUGUUUCACUUUGUGGAAGAGUUCAGACCAACUUUUGCUAAACUUGUGGACUUGUACGAUAGCGGAAAGUUAAAGUGCAACCUUGACUUUGGACAAGCGUCGCCUACAGGAGUAUUCAAAGGCCUAGACUCCAUUGCAGAUGCAGUAGAGUAUUUACACAGUGGAAAAAGUGCUGGCAAGGUUGUGGUAGAGAUACCCGAUGACACGAAAAGUCGUUUGUGAAAACUGAGCUUGACGCGCGGGACGGGACAGGCCGAGAAAUAGGGACAAUCUACAGAAACUUGAAUCCAGAUGUUAUUUCCUGAUAGCAUACUUUUCGUGAUAAUUUAUCCUAGUGAACCAGAUUCUAAGUUGUUUUAUCAAACCGUCUGAAACAUGAAUCACGCCAUUUUCGUCGAAAUUCCUCAAGUUCUCUGUUUGCGUCUUAUUUGAAGAUAUGCUGCCGUAACAAAUUUCCGAGUGCUCAAGUUAUGUUUUAGAUUGGAUUACAGGUGAAAUUUAAAGUGGAAUAGAUGAAAAUAUUCCUAUCCCACUCGCUUUCCCGAUUAUUAUGGAGCAACCUCCCUCCUGUAUUACAAUUUCUCUCUGAACAAGGAAUGACGCUCGAUUAGUGGGCUGCUAGCUUUAUCCUUGCAUAAGCGUUUAACGGCUCUUUAAUAGAACAGUUUUAGAUAAGCGUAUUCAUAUCAGGUACACAUAUACAUAAACAUAUACUUUGUUAUUUUUCCACGAAUAAGAUUCUCAAAGACAUUCACUUUUUAAAUCAAGAGAUUAAGAAUGAGGUUUACGUCAAACUACAAACGACUGGUUUGUGAUUUGCUCUUCAUAGUUCUCCAUUGUUGGGCUUAAUGUUCACGUGAACAACGAAUAAAUGGAGCCCGGCGUUUUCGGGAGGAACUCGUAUUCUCACAAAUUCUCCAUAAUUUACCUACAAGUCAACAUGUUUUACUUAUAAAAAGAAACAAAACAGCAUUAUCUUAAAAGUGUACGAUUGCAUUGACAUGCAUAACAAACAAUAAAAAUACAGUUCUAACUCAUGCUUUUUCCCCUUCGUUUUUCAUUAACCUGGAAAGGCUCUCACGUUGAAAACGGCAAACGUAAAAACUGCCAGUAAAAAUGGUCACGUGGUCUUGUUUGUCGUUUGCCAUAAACGUCAAAUUCUUAACCCCUCUAAUGACUUGUUACAAUAUGGCAAUUCUUACAGAACAAUAUAUUAAAAAGUUAAUAUGAAAA